AUGGUCCAAGAGGCGAGCAUCGAUUCCGCGGACGACUCCGCCGCUAACUCCACCCUCACGGCCUCCCAACGCACAGCCCUUGCCACGUUUCGCGCCGUCACCUCUAUCGCCUCCGACGCAGACGCCCUUCCGCAUCUCACCGCCACCAACUGGAACCUCGAGCGCGCCGUCGACCACUUCCUCGAACCCGCGGCCUCCUCCCCCUCCACUCCCAAUGACAACGGUGCCCCAGCCCCACCGCCACCGACAACCACCGCCGUUGCCAACCCCAACCCGCGCCCCUUUCCCCGAUGGCUGCUUGCCCUAACCUCCCCUCUCCGAUUCGUCUGGUCCCUCUUCUCCGGCCUGACUAGCGCCCUCAUCCGUCUCUUCGGCACGGGCCCGAACCGCGCCAUCGAAGCUGCCCCUGGCGCGACGCCCUCGGCACGUUUUGCCUCCUUCUUCGACGCCCGCUAUGGCACCUCGCACCCCCCUUUCUACCUCGGCCCCUACUUCUCCGCCCUCGCUGCCGCGCAAUCCAACCUCCAGUUCCUCCUCGUCUACGUCCAUUCGGAAUCUCAUCGCCUCACCCCGCGCUUUUCCCGCGAAGUGCUUUGCGCCCCCUCGCUAGUCACUGCCGCAGAACCUAUGGUCUUCUGGGCCGCGAGCGUAUCGCAACGCGAUGGAGCCGCCGUGCAGCGCGCGCUGCGUGCGCCGGCGCUCCCGUUUUUGGCUAUCGUCGCCCCGCCGAGCAGCCGCGUCAGUCCAGAUGCAGACUUGGCACUGGCGAAUUACGGAACUGUCCUCGCCGUACGGGCUGGGUUUCCGGCGCUGAAUGGUGGUGGAGAUGGUGCUGCGGCGUGGGUUGAUCGUGUCUUAGCGAGGCACGGCGGUAUUCUUGUGGCUGCGAGGCAGCAACGGGAUGAGAGGGAGAGCGCGAGACUGCUCCGGGAGCAACAGGAUAUGGAGUACGCCGCCGCGCUGGAGGAGGACAGGGAGAAGGAGAGGAAGGCGCAGGAGGAGCAGGACAGGGUAGAAGGGGAGAGGGAGCGCUUGCGAGGGCUGGAAGUCAGACGUGAACGAAAACGCGAGGCGUUGGGGGAGGAACCGGAGAAGGGGCCUGGUGUGGCUAGUGUCGUCAUGAGGCUGCCGGAUGGAAGCAGAGUGGGGAGGCGGUUUGAAAAGGCGAACGCUAUGGAGGUCGUCUUCGAUUGGGCAGAGGUUAAUCGAGUCGACAUCGAAAAAGCAAGUUUGGUUACAACCUACCCGAGGAGGAGCUUGAGAUAUCCGGAAGAUGCGGAUAUGACUGUGGAACAAGCGGGGCUGUUUCCUAGCGCUAUGCUGCUUUUGGAGGAAAGAUCGGAUGAGUAGACUAGUUCGAAAGUUUGGCGGAGGCCGAAGCCCGCUUCGUUGUAUAAAGGGAUCGUUUAACA